AUGCUGUGGUUUCUGUCCAAGAAAUAUUUUCAGGUCCUACUUAAAUAAGAAUACCAAACACUUUGUUUCUGACUGUGCAUCUAGGUUUCUAGUCUCAAAAUUAAGAACAUGAAGUGGCCAUCAAGAAAAAGAGGUAUAGUGUGGCAUCUCAAUUUUUUUUUUCAAGAAAUUUGGGAAAACUUACAUGUUUGGCUCCAGGAGAUGCCUAAGCAGGUUAUCUGAGAUGGUGAAUUGAAAAACUAUGUUUUCCAAGAUGAACAAAGUAAAAACAACAUCUGAGAAAAGUCUUACUAACAGUUCUCGGAUUGUGGGUCUGCUGGCACAGCUGGAGAAGAUCAAUUCAGAAUCUUUGUUGGUAGAAGCAGACACUGCCAGAUAUGUUACCUCGAAGAUCCUUCAUCUGACUCAGAGUCAAGAAAAAACCAGGAAGGAAAUGACUGCCAAAGGUUCCCCAGCAAUAGAAGUUAUCCUCUCAACAUUAGAGAAUACAAGAGAUCUUCAGACUACUCUAAAUAUAUUAAAUAUCCUCAUUGAAUUGGUGUCAGUUGGUGGUGGUCGAAAAGCAAGUGCCUUAGUUUCUAAAGGAGGGACACAGAUCUUGUUGCAGUUACUUUUGAGUGCCAGCAAAGACUCUCCACCCAAUGAGGAGUUAAUGGUGCAGCUUCAUUCCCUUCUUGCAAAAAUUGGUCCAAAAGAUAAAAAAUUUGGAGUAAAAGCUAGAAUCUGUGGCACUCUAAACAUCUCUCUGAAUUUGGUGAAACAGAGUUUGCAGAACCACAGGUUAAUCCUGCCAUGUCUUCAAGUACUAAGAGUAUACUCAACCAACUCUGUAAAUGCAGUAUCCUUGGGGAAAAAUGGAGUUGUGGAACUGAUGUUCAAGAUCAUUGGCCCUUUUAGUAAAAAGAAUACUGGUCUUAUGAAGGUUGCGUUAGACACACUUGCUGCAUUGCUAAAAUCAAAAACGAAUGCCAGGAGAGCAGUAGACAGAGGAUAUGUCCAUGUGCUUUUAACAAGUUAUGUAGAUUGGCACCGUCAUGAUAGUCGACACAGACACAUGUUGAUCCGUAAAGGAAUCUUACAGUGCAUUAAAAGUGUUACAAAUAUCAAGUUGGGAAGGAAAGCGUUUAUUGAUGCCAAUGGGAUGAAAAUUCUUUACAACACUUCCCAAGAUUGCCUUGCUGUGAGAACUCUUGAUCCGCUAGUCAACACAUCAAGUCUUAUAAUGAGAAAAUGUUUUCCUAAAAACCGUCUUCCACUACCAACUAUUAAAAGUGUUUUUCGUUUCCAACUACCAGUUAUCCCUAUUAGUGGUCCUGUGGCUCAGCUGUACAGUUUGCCUCCUGAAGUGGAUGACGUAGUAGAUGAAAGUGAUGACAAUGAUGACAUCGAAACAGAAAGUGAGAUUGAAAAUGAAAAUGAAGAUGACAAGGACCACCUCUUUAAAAAUGAUGAUAUAGAGACUGAUAUUAAUAAACUGAAACCAAGGCAAGAGUUGGGACGACCCAUAGAAGAACUGAAAAUGUAUGAACAAUUUUUCCCAGAACUUUCAGAUAACUUUAAGGACUAUGACUUAGUCUUCAAGGAACCAAAGCCUUUUGCAUCUGAUGCAAAUUUAGGUGGACCUAUUGUUGUUCCUACAGCAGGAGAGGAGCAGUCUGUAGAAGCAAAUCACUCAGUCAUGGGAAUUACUGUGAAAGAGAGCAAUCACUUGCAAGCAGAGGAGUGUAAUAAAAGGCCAGUCUUUUUGGAUCUGCCAAAGAACGAUCGCAACAAAGACAAUAGCUUACAGCAGCAAAGUGAUCAAAAGAAACUGCUUUCGUCAUGCCAAUGCCUAAACUUUGAAAUAGUGAAAGGCUUGGACAGGAUUACUUUGCAGAAUACUUCAAAAAAUGAACAGUAUUACAAAACAGGGUGCGUAAUGAAGAAAGAAAGCAAAACUAGCCUUACCUCACUCACUUGUAAUAAACCUUGCCAGCAUGUUUCAUCUUGCGGAAGUGUUCUGUUUGAGGGACGAUCUGUCCAGCUGGGAAAGCUGUGCUUCACGGGUGUUGAUCCUGAGGAAGAGGAUGAUUCCAGCUCACAUUCAUCCGGGGAGCAAGUGAUUCUUGAGGUGCCUGAUAUAUUGCCACUCCAUGACCCUGAUCUUUAUAUUGAGAUUGUGAAAAACACAAAGUCUGUCCCUGAAUAUUCAGAAGUGGCUUACCCAGAUUACUUUGGUCACAUUCCACCUCCAUUUAAGGAGCCUAUCUUAGAAAGACCUUAUGGUGUGCAGAGGACAAAAAUAUCCCAAGAUAUUGAAAGACUGAUUCAUCAGAAUGAUAUUAUAGACAGAGUCAUGUAUGACCUUGAUAAUCCCAGUUAUUCAGUGCCAGAAGAGGGGGAGAUUUUGAAGUUCAACUCCAAAUUUGAGUCUGGAAAUCUGCGCAAAGUUAUUCAAAUUAGAAAAAACGAGUAUGAUCUCAUUCUGAACUCGGAUAUAAACAGCAAUCACUAUCACCAAUGGUUUUAUUUUGAAGUCAGUGGAAUGCGGCCAGGCAUUGGUUACCGGUUUAACGUCAUCAACUGUGAAAAGUCGAACAGUCAGUUUAAUUAUGGUAUGCAGCCCCUCAUGUAUUCUGUUCAGGAGGCAUUAAAUUCCAGGCCAUGGUGGACUCGUGUUGGGACAGAUAUUUGUUACUAUAAGAAUCACUUCGCUAGAAGUUCAAUUGCUGCUGGUGGUCAGAAAGGAAAAUCCUAUUACACAAUUACAUUCACAGUGAAUUUCCCACACAAGGAUGAUGUCUGCUACUUUGCUUACCACUAUCCAUAUACGUAUUCGACUUUAAGGAUGCAUCUUCAGAAAUUGGAAUCCAUGCACAACCCUCAGCAGAUCUAUUUCCGACAAGAUACUCUGUGUGAGACACUGUCUGGGAACAGCUGCCCUUUAGUUACUAUCACAGCCAUGCCGGAGUCGAAUUACUUUGAACAUAUCUGUCAGUUCAGGAAUCGUCCUUACAUUUUCUUAACUGCUCGUGUGCAUCCUGGAGAGACUAAUGCAAGCUGGGUUAUGAAGGGAACAUUGGAAUAUCUUAUGAGUAAUAACCCCACUUCCCAGAGUUUACGAGAAUCCUAUAUUUUUAAAAUUGUCCCUAUGCUCAAUCCAGAUGGUGUCAUCAAUGGAAACCAUCGCUGUUCUUUAAGUGGGGAGGAUUUGAACAGACAGUGGCAAAAUCCAAACCCAGACCUUCAUCCCACAAUUUACCAUUCCAAGGGCUUGCUACAAUAUUUGGCUGCUAUAAAACGUUUGCCUCUGGUUUACUGUGAUUAUCAUGGUCAUUCUCGUAAAAAGAAUGUAUUCAUGUAUGGCUGCAGCAUCAAAGAGACAGUGUGGCACACUAAUGUUAGCGCUGCCUCUUGUGACCUGAUUGAGGACCUUGGUUAUAGGACUCUUCCUAAGAUUCUCAGUCAGAUUGCCCCAACAUUCAGCAUGAGCAGCUGUAGUUUUGUAGUGGAAAAGUCCAAGGAAUCGACAGCGCGUGUAGUUGUCUGGAGAGAGAUAGGAGUACAAAGGAGCUACACAAUGGAGAGCACAUUAUGUGGCUGCGAUCAGGGAAAAUAUAAGGGGUUACAGAUAGGGACACGAGAACUGGAAGAGAUGGGAGCCAAAUUCUGUGUUGGCUUACUGCGUUUGAAAAGACUGACCUCUCCAUUGGAAUUCAAUCUGCCUUCUUGCCUCCUUGACAUUGAAAAUGAGUUGAUUGAAUCAAGCUGUAAAGUAACAAGCCCCACCACAUAUGUUCUGGAUGAAGAUGAGCCUCGCUUCCUUGAAGAAGUUGACUACAGUGCAGAGAGUAAUGAUGAACAAGACAUUGAAUUGGCUGAUAAUGCAGGCGAUUAUGAACCCUCUGUUCAGGAAGAGGGGCUUUCUGACUCAGAAAUGACAAGGACACACCUGCCUUGAGCCAUCUUUGUAGACGCAAAGAAGAAAAUGAAUAUCCUGGUUUUUAGUGGACAGGAAAGGGGGAAGUAUCUGGCUUUCAAGAGGGAUGGCUCAAAGAGACAGAAGUAAUUGAAGCCAGCUUAGCUGAAAGACAAUAAAUGUGUUUCUGAUUUAUGAUGAUAUUGGCAUUUGUUUUAUUUAAGGAAUUCAGUGCCUUAAUUUGGCACUGAAUAUAUCAAACAGUUGCUUUACUAUUUCAUUUUCUACCAAGUAUUGUUGCAUGGUUUUUUGUGUCCUUAACCCCCUAUAAUCACCAACCAAUGGAUUAUAAAUUGUAGUGUGUCAGGUACAGAAAUUAAUAUUAAAAUUCAUUAACAAACCUUUGAGUUUCUUCCUGAAAAAUACAUAUGUACGGGUUUUUUUAUUAAUUUGUGUGUUUAUUGAGGUUGAGAUUUUUCUUCAGAAUUAUGUUAAAUGUUUGAUUGUUUGAAGUAAUAGAGAGCUUGCUUUGAAACUGUUUCAUUCUACAGUUACUAAAUUAAACAAAAAUGAAAAUGUGAUCAAU